UGUCUGGAUUAUUGAAUCGAUUCUUGUUCCUUACGCUCAGGUCGACAUUGUUUGUAUGAAUGCCAUUUUUUGCCAUGCACUUUAACACAAGCGACAGUGUGGUUCUUGUUAUUCAUAAUGUUCAUAAGAACAUUGAACAAAGACUCGCAAUUACUGAUAGCUGAAAAAUUGCUUGGCAGAGUAUGGACGAAAUGAAACAGCAAAAUUUAAAGACGAAAGCCGAGAAUGUUAAGAAGAAGCUGCUUCGACAAUUUCAAGACAGCUUUGAGUCGAGUAUGGAUGAUUUAUUUCAAGAUUUCUUGAGAGAGAAUGUUGGGUCUGUUGGCCAAACAACUAGAAAUGGAGGCAUCGUAGAUCAAUCUACAAGGAACUCCAUGGAGUCAAGAAAAGUGUUCAAACCACAGCAGUCUGUCCUUACUGUUUUGCUGGAAGUUUCCCAUAUUCGCACAAUUUACAACAUUUUCGUUGCAAUACUUAUUGUAUUUAGUUUUAACACUCUUGUUUACGACUACAUUGAUCAUGGAAGGUUUGUGAUAGACAUUAGUAUUUUGACCUGGGCUUUUGGCAAUGUUCCUGUUGUUUUGUUGACGUGGAUAGCCAUGCAAGUGCAACUCCUUUCGGCGUAUCCAUUGUUUCAAGCCUGGAUAUCAACGCGUUCUCCAUCAUCUAAAGUCGUGGAUUUUAUUUGGUUGGGAAUUCUCAUUGCUUAUGUGGUUUUCCUCAUUUGUUUUCCUAUCAAUGUGAUCUACGCGCAUGAUUUACCUCCUGUCUCCCGAAUUAUUAUCCUCAUGGAACAGGUUCGGUUUUAUAUGAAACUUCACGCAUUUGUGAGAGAAGUUGCCCCUAGAGUUCUUGCUUCUUCAAGUUCGGACAAAAAGAACAGUGAUAACGAACAAUCAGAAGAUGAGGAUAAUGAGGAUGCUUGUAAAGAAGAUAGAAACAUUCCUGGUUUUAGUCAGUUUCUUUAUUUCCUUUUUGCCCCAACUCUUAUUUACAGAGAUUCAUACCCACAAACAUCAAAGAUUCGUUGGCAUUAUGUUGUGACGAAUUUUCUUCAAGUUCUUGGUUGUGUGUUUUAUACUUACUACAUCUUUGUCCGUUUCUGUGUUCCGGUCUUCAGAGAUAUGGGAAAUAAUCCUCCUAAUUUGAAAAAGGUUGUUCUUUCUAUUUUCAACACCAUGUUACCUGGAACCCUUGUUCUUGUUCUUGGAUUUUUUUGCAUUCUUCAUUCCUGGCUCAAUGCAUUUGCGGAAAUGCUCAAGUUUGCUGACAGAAUGUUUUACAAGGACUGGUGGAAUUCCACAUCGUAUGCAAAUUAUUAUCGUACAUGGAAUGUUGUUGUCCAUGAUUGGCUGUAUGCUUACUGUUUUCGAGAUUUUCAUUGGAUGUUCAGAAGAAAUAGAAAUAUUGCAAUGAUUAUAACAUUUUUAAUCUCAGCUCUCGUUCACGAAUACGUCUUGAUAAUUUCAUUCAACUUUUUUUUCCCUGCGUUAUUCGUCUCGUUCUUUGGUUUUGGAGUUUCAUUCGUGUUUUUGAAACCAAGAAAAGGCAAAAAUGUCUCUCCUGGUUGGAAUAUAUUUAUGUGGGUUACAUUAAUCUUUGGAAGUGGUAUGUUAAUGGUGUUGUAUUCUAUUGAAUGGUUUGCUGUACAGAAUAAUCCAAAGUCAAAUGAUUCGUUGAGGGAGAUUCUUGUUCCAAGAUCCUGGGCCUUCAUAUCAAAUAGCUCCGUUUUUUGAUUUUUUUUCGUUGAACAUUUUCAGGUAUUGAAUUAAACAUUACUGGUGCAGUGGUUUGAACUCUUUUAUUUCUUGCAUGAAUAAUGUCAGUUUUUCAUGUAACACCAAUUUCAAUAGUUUCUUAAUUCUUUAUAAGCGUCUGGUUUGGGGAAACCAAGCUUCUAUCGUGUAAAUAGAGUUAUAUAAAAAGAAUAGAAUGACAGAAAUACUGACCUAAA